AAAAUUUAGUAAUUUGUUGUCGUUUGUAUAUAUCGAAAAGUAAGGAAUGAAGACAAAAGGAAAACUGCUGGACCUUAUACAGUAGCCUUCCCAUUCUCAUUAUUUAUGGUAAUAACUUCAAUACAAACACAUCAGUUUCAUCUCUGUGUUAUCCCAAACGAAGAUCCUCUGAUUUUUAGUAUUUUCUUUUUAAAAAUCUGCUGUUCAUAAACUCAUCUCUCUUCCACCCUCCAAAAAACCCAUCACCUCUCCUUCUCUCGGUAUAUAUAUGCAAGCAAAACUUUGUAACUAAUCUGAGGACUACUCGAUCAAUUUUUUGUUUAACUCAAACACACAAAGAUUGUUCCUCUUUUUUUCCCUCUGUUGUUGUGAAAAUGGAAGUUCAAAUAACAGGGGAAGCAGAAAGUUGGAUUUGGAUAUGUAUAGCAACAGGGGUAACAGUUGGAUGGUUAAUUUAUAAGAUGAGAAAAAAGCAAAAGGAAGAGGAAGAAAGGGAGAAUGGAGUUCCAAGAGGAAGUUCUGGUUGGCCUCUAAUUGGAGAAACUCUGGAUUUCAUUGCUUGUGGUUACACUUCUCGACCUGUCACUUUCAUGGAGAAACGCAAGUCUCUGUACGGAAAAGUAUUCAAAAGUAAUAUACUAGGAAAAGGAAUAAUAGUAUCAACGGAUGCAGAGGUGAACAAGGUGGUUCUACAGAACAACGGGGAUGUAUUUAUACCAUGUUAUCCUAAAUCAAUAACAGAAUUGUUUGGGAAGAAUUCAAUAUUGCAAACGAAUGGACCGGUACAUAGGAGAGUGCACGGACAAAUUGGGAGCUUCUUAAAAUCACCACAACUCAAGGCCCGUAUUACACGAGACAUCGAAGCCUCCGUCCGCCAUUUUUUGUCAACAUGGCUAGAAAAACAACACUGUGUCUACGUCCAAGAUGAAGCCAAAAAGAUUGCAUUUGAGGUACUAGUGAAGCUGGUACUAAGCGUAGGCCCUGGGGAAGAAUUGGACUUGCUCAAGAAAGAAUUUGAAGAAUUCACCAAAGGCUUGAUUUGUUUGCCCAUUAAAUUUCCCGGAACCACACUCUACAAAUCUUUAAAGGCUAAAGAAAGGUUAUCAAGAAUGGUAGGGAAGAUGGUAGAGGAGAGAAAAUUGAGCAUAGAGAAAAAGGAAGAGAAGGGGUUACCAAAUGAUGCAAUUGACGUGCUCUUAGGGAAUGCUGAUGGGGCAAAGCAACCUCUGCCGUCCGAUUUCAUCAGUAGCAACUUGAUAGAGAUGAUGAUUCCCGGGGAAGAGACCGUGCCAACGGCGAUCACAUUAGCUGUCAAAUUUCUAAGUGACAACCCCGUCGCUCUAUCUCGCUUGCUGGAGGAGAAUUUGGAAUUGAAGCAGCAGAAGAUAAGUUGUUGUGAGGAUUAUAGUUGGACAGAUUAUAUGUCAUUGCCCUUCACUCAGAAUGUUAUCAGUGAAACCUUGAGAUUGGGAAAUAUCAUUAAUGCAGUAUGGAGAAAAGCUCUCAAAGAUGUCAAAAUCAAAGGGCAUUUGAUACCAAAAGGAUGGUGUGUUUUGGCAUCCUUCACUUCAGUUCACAUGGAUGAAGAAAAUUAUGAAAAUCCAUACAAUUUUGAUCUCUCCAGAUGGCAGAAAGCUGGAGUUGCUGUGACCAGCAGCACAUUUACACCAUUUGGUGGAGGACAGAGGCUGUGUCCUGGUUUAGAACUUUCCAGGCUUGAAAUGUCCAUUUUCCUCCACCAUCUCGUCACCACCUACAGAUGGGUGGCAGAGAAGGAUGAGAUUGUCUAUUUCCCAACAGUGAAGAUGAAGAACAAGCUGCCUAUCAACGUCAUGCCCUUUGAGCAAAACCCACUAAUUCAAACCAAACGAAACUAACUUGUUCUUUAUUAUUUUACCCUUAAUUUUCUCCAACAU